CUGAUCAUCAGGGCACUAAUGAUCAGUGUACCCAGUCAGUGCCACCUGUCAGUGCUCAUCAAUGCCACGUAUCAGUGCCUAUCUGAACUGCCUUUCAGUGCCACCUAUCAGUGCCAGUCAGUGCCGCCUAUCAGUGCCGCAUAACAGUGCCACCAAUCAAUGCCAUAUAUGAAUGCUGCCUUUCAGUGCCCAUCAGUGAUGCCUGUCAAUGCCCAUCAGUGCCACCUACCAGUGCCUCCUCAUCAGUGCCACCUAUCAGUGCAGCCUAUCAGUG